AUGCGAAGAGCAGCGAUAUCCUCCCAAAGGGCUGCACAUGCCUGUCUCAGGACUCGCGGGAUACAUAGCUCGGCUAUCAGGCGGGCAGAAGCGACGGUCCAGCAGCCUACAGCUCAGCCCGUCAUCGUGCACACACCACCGCCUCCGCCUCCCCCUUCAGCGCCCUUGUUGCCGCCCAAACGUCCAGCAGGCGCUUUCCGUGGCUCGAUCGUUGGCUUUCUGCUCGGCUUGAGCGUCGCGGCAGGUUAUGGCUACAUGACCCUCUUUGAGGAGUAUCAGAGCGCCAGCAACUUGCUCCUCACGAGCGUAGAAGAGCUCAAGACGAGCACACAGAAGAUGACGAACCACGUUAGACGGAUCGAGAGAGUCGAGAGGGAUCUCAAAGCGAUGCAGGAAAAGACGACGACGACAGCCGAGCUAGAGAAGCUGCGUACAGAGGUCAAGAAGCUCUACGAUUCCACGCACAUUGAGACUUUGGACCUCAAAGCGCACGUGUUUGGUAUCGAGAAAGAUCUCGGUUCGCUACAGAAGUCUAGCGGAUCGAACGUGAGGGUCUAG